AUGGUGGCGGCUGGCGAGGGUGGCGAGCGAGAGGAGGCUGGGCCAACAGACACAGAGGCGGGGCGGGGCGACAGGCUGGAGCCUGAUGGGCAGAGGCUGACAGCGAGCAUGCGCGGAUGCUGCCGCAGGGAGGCAGAGGGGAAAGAGAGAGGAGGCAGCACUCAACUCAUUUGGGAGGAGGACGAUUGCGACAUCGCCGCUGCAGCCUUAUUAAAUCCUGCAGUGCGUCCCUCGGGGCCCGGGAGUCGCAAGGCAGCUGCAAGCCGAGAAUUUGUGAUUGAACAACAAGUGGACCUGGUGUGCGUGACUGAGACCUGGGUCAUACACGAGCCCACACCUCAUCUGAAAGGUAACAGGAAGACCACCUCUCCCACAGAAAAGAACUCCAAACAUGAUGAACACACUGAAGCAUCCCUUGCAGAAAACCAUGUGGAUAAUACUGCCAGUGUGGUCCCCGGAAGUGGAGGGCGAAAAGUGAAAAGUGACAAGGAGUUGGCCGUAGCACGCGAGCGGGUGAAUGAGCAGCAAAAGCAGAUGGGCAAACCUACCAAGCACCACCACCAUCCUGAGCUACGGCCAUCCACUCUCAGGACUCCCUGCCAGCAGCAAUUGGAUCAGGUCUUGGAACGCAUCUCGACCAUGCGACUACCAGAUGAGCGUGGUCCAUUGGAGCACCUCUAUUCCCUGAAUAUCCCAAACUGCGACAAGCAAGGCCUUUACAAUCUCAAACAGUGCAAGAUGUCCGUGAAUGGCCAGCGAGGAGAAUGCUGGUGUGUUAAUCCCAACACCGGGAAAAAAAUCCAGGGGGCCCCGACCAUCCGAGGAGAUCCUGAAUGCCACCUCUUCUACGCUGGGCAUGAGCAAGAGGACCGAGGAGCACAUGUGAACUAGAUGGACAUGUUGCCACUCACUAGCUGGCCACUUGGCCUAGCCCUAGUGCUGGAUUUUACAUGGGUUUUCAAUGCAUUUUGUUUUGUUUUGUUUAAUUCCGAGAGAUCUGAGUUUUUCAUUGACUUCACGUGCCUCUCAGUUGCUUGCACGAUUGGUUGGCUAGGGAGGGACCGGCUUCUCACCACUGCCGCCGAGAAGAGCUGAGAAUUAGCACCUUUCCUGUUCACUAGCAGCCUUGCCACAAGCAAGCAGUGCAAAGAGCUUCAUGGGAGAGGGGGCAGACCUGUCCUCUUGGUCGUGUAAUCCUUUAUUCACUACUACCACCACCCGCCACCCUAAAUGACCAAGGGUGAUCAUGCUCCGACCAGGCGGAAUGAGAGCAUGUGUCUCGACCCCAGUGCAGACAUACACCAAAGAUUGUAAAUAUAGCUCAUUGCCUGCUACACCGAGCCCUGACGACCUGUCCACGUUGGUCCCUCUUUGUCAUGAUAGUGGGUUGCAGUGUCCCCUCUAAGCUGAGUUAGUGUGAGCUGGCUCACAAUUUUUUAGCC